UCAACUAAAAAUACUGUAAUAUUUGGUCACACUCUUGUAUCGAUUCACAAGCAAUCGAUAGCACUGCUCGAAAUAAUAUAUAUCGAAGGCAAUCGGACAACAAUGGCAAUUGCUUAAACCUUAUUCCUUUCCAGUUGUUUGUCUGGUGAGCAACGCGAUUGUGCAUAAAGUGCACCAGCCAGCCACAACAAAGCAUUUUAUUUAACAAUUCACCAAUUUGUUGAACACCCCCCUUUUGUUGAAGAUGGAGAAGUACCCAUAUUACUGUAUCAAGGCGCUCGUCUUGCUCUGCUCGUGCUUCGAUCUGGGCCAAGCCCUUCGCCCCACCUAUGUCGAGGAGGCUCAGGAGGGUGUCCGGGCCACUCUGCCUGGCGAGCUAAAGUUCGUGCAUGUGAUAUUUCGUCAUGGCGACCGAAUGCCCGUCGACCCGUAUCCAACAGAUCCGUGGAACAAUCGCAAAUACUGGCCCGCAGGCUGGGGUCAACUUACAAAUCGUGGCAAGCAACAACACUACGAGCUGGGCAAAUGGCUGCGAAAUCGCUACAACUCAUUGUUGGACAGCAGGUACGACAGGGAGCAGGUCUUUGUUCAGUCCACGGACGUGGAUCGCACACUCAUGAGUGCACAAUCGAACUUGGCUGGCUUAUACGAGCCCGUUGGCGAUGAUGUGUGGAAUCCCCUCAUUAAAUGGCAACCAAUUCCGGUGCAUUCCGUGCCCGAAAAGGACGAUCCGAUUCUGGCUGCCAAGGCACCUUGUCCCGCCUUCGACUACUAUCUGGAAAACUUUAAGGCAUCCGCGGAGUUUCAGGCCAAAUGGGCGCAUUACAAAGAUCUCUUUGAGUAUUUGGGACAAAAUAGCGGUCGGCCGAUUAAGUCAUUUAUGGAUGCACAAUAUUUCAACAACACAUUGUUCAUUGAAACUCUGUACAACCGAACCCUGCCCGAGUGGACCCAAAAGGUUUACGGCGGCGCUGACCUGACCUAUGUCUCAAAUUUUGCAUUCUCCAUAAACACGUACACACGUCAAUUGGCGCGCCUCAAGGGUGGACCGCUCCUCAAGGAUGUGCUCGCCCGUUUCGAGAGCAAGCACAACAAACAACUGUCGCCGGAUCGGUCCGUGUUCAUAUACAGCGCACAUGAUACCACAAUUGCCAACAUGCUGAAUACCCUCAAGCUGUUUCAGCUACACAGUCCGCCGUACACGGCGUGCAUAAUGUUUGAAUUGCGUGUGGAUGACAGCAAUGCGCCCUUGGUAUCGGUUUUCUAUAAAAACACAACAGCUGAACCGCUGCCAAUGCAUAUACCCGGCUGUGGUGUAUCCUGUCCGCUGGCCAAGAUGUAUGCCCUGUAUGAGGAUGUGUUGCCGGAGAACUGGGCCGAGGAGUGCAAGCGAUCCACGCUGACAAUGACAUACGAGGAGGCUAAUUUGGGCGCAGCAACAGGCAUUCUCAUAUGCAUCAUUGCCGCUCUGCUCUGCGUCAGCUAUGGCCUGAUGAUCUACUAUCGUCGCCGGGACUACAAAAUGCACACGUCCUAUGCGCAAAUGGCGUAGAUUGCGGAAUGGAUGGGUUUGCUUAUUAAAGACUACGUCAACUUCCUGAAUUGCGAUCCGAGUUAUUGCUCAGCUAUAGCCAGAGCAUUUUUAUAUAUAUAGUAUAUCUCCUCUUGUCUUUGAUUUGAUGCCAUUAGUUAUUUGUUGUAAGUGUAUGAUAAUUGUAACAAUUGUAAAUGUAAAUUGUUGGUCAUCUAUUUAGUAUUUAAGCUCAUAUGAUCUUGUUGUUUCUUUUGUUAAACGAUGCAAAAUGAAAGACUGUGAAUGGAUGAACCCAGAAGUUUCCUACACAUUUACAUGUGUCCCCCAUCUUAUACAAUAUAUAUAUCAUAAAUUAGUAAAAAAAUAUAUAUAUAUGUCUACAGAUGAAUAUAUGCGCAUUUACGAGUAUAGGCCUUUUAUAGAAACACAUCUUGUUGUACAAACCAUUUUUUGUGAACUGUAAUAAAAACGAAAACGGGCUCAAAUUUAAAACAAAA